AUGAUUGCGGAAGGAGAGAUAAGCCAUGAAAAAAUUACAGAAGUUCGUCAAGAACAAAAUAAGUUAGCGAAGAAACUUCAAACAGCACUGUCUGCAUUACAAGUUCAAGUCUUUGAACGUGUUCAAGAAUUAGCACCUGAACUUAGUACAGAAGUUUUGCAGCGGAUUGCUCAAGUUACUGCUCAAUUACAAGCAGACUUAGUCGCUGUUACUGGUAUCCGAGUAGCAGUACAAGCACCUCAUGAAUCUAUAGAUGAAAGUGUUAAAGCCAUUGAAUCUGUGGAAGCCCACUCUGCCGAUGCCACCUCAGAAUUAGCAACAGCAGCUGCGGGAUCCGAGUCAACUAUUCUAGAACAAACCGGAGUAGUUGACCAAUUAUCAUCCUCAGAGCAAUUAGUUGUAACUACAGAAACGUUGGUUAAGACAAUUGCUGAGACUAAGGAAGUUGUCACCUCAGAAGAAGUUAAACCCAUAUCAGUGGAAACAGUAACUGCGAAUAUUGUUCCUGAAACCGAACAAACUCUAGCUGUUGAAGGCAUAGAAGCUGUAGUUAUUGAACAAACUGAAUCCGUUGCAGUGAAAGAAGUUCCCAAAGAAGAUGCAAAGUUAAAUGUAUCUGAAGCAGAUCAAGUUCAAGAAGUAACAAUUACUGAGCCGUUGAAAACGGAGUCCGUGAGUGCCGUCGUCGUAGAAGAUCUUGGACCAGAGCUGCAUGAAGUUGACGAGAAUAAGCUAGCUGAUGAUGGGCCAACUCAAACAGCAGAGAUACACGAAGCUCCUAAGGCAACCAUAGAAAUGUUAGUUCAGCAUAUAGAUCAAUUUAUAUCUGAUGAUUUAACAGAAGUGAUAAAUGAGCUAUCGAACGUCAUUGAUGUUGAAGAAUUGAAACAAUCAAUUGGUAUUGCUAAAGAACUGCGUGAGAAUAUCAUUGCUUCUGAAGUCGAAUUAAAAGCAGAAACAAGUGAUGUUCUAAAGGAUGAAGUUAGUACACAGUAUGCAAAUCUAGCUCAAAAACUAUAUGAAGCUCUGUCGGCACUUGAAAAUAUAUCAUUAGAAACUGCAGCUGAAGGCACUUUAAUCAACAAAGAUGCGUUGCAACGUGUAACCGCAAUCACUGAAAAUCUUCGAGCUGACCUGGUGGCAGUAACUGCCACUCAAUACAUUCUUGAUCAAACUAGAGACGCGAAACCUGAUCAAAGUAACACCAAUGUCGCUCAAGUUGAGGUUCCUGAGUUUGAAGCUGGUGAAGUAACUUCUAUUGAGAAAGAAGUUCUAACUGCAUCCAGUGAAGUUGCUGCAGAAUUCAUUUUGAUUGAAGACAAAGCUGCAAUUGCUGAAGGACAGCAAUUAAUUCAGGAAACUGGCAUACAAGAAAAGGGAAAAGGAGAUAAUACCGAAAUUGCCGCGCCUAACGAAAUUAAUGAACUCGAUAAAGCAAUGGCUGUUACAGAUGGGGAACCUAUCUUUGAAAAAGCAGUACCAAGUGAAGUUAAAGCUGUUUCGGUAGAACAGGCAGCAAUAAUAAUGGAAGAACCUCUCGAAAAAGUCACUACAGAAACACUGUUACAAAACAUCAAUGAAUUCCUCUCAGACGAAAACAUUAAAACUAUCGAUCAAAUAUCUGCAAUCGUGACUGUUGACGAGUUAAAACAAUCGGUAGAUGUCGCGUGUGAUUUACGUGAAAAUAUUGAAAAAAUCAACGAAAACAUUACUUCAGAUAAUAUAGAUAAUCUUCUCAAACUUCAAAACGCUCUAUCUGUAGUGCAAGUAAUUUCUUUAGACGCUACCAAUGAGCUAAGUCUGGUAGUGGAAAAAGAUAAGUUAGAACGAGUUAUUGCUUCUGGCACUGACUUAGCAUCAGCAAUUGCAGUUGUUAUCUCUCAAGUUCCUAAACAACAAUAUUCUUCAGAAGAUCACGUUAUAGUUGAAGAGACUACAGUUGCAAAUACAGCUACUGCUAAUGAAAAGGAUAUAUCCAAACAAGAUAAAAGUUUAGAAAGUGUUGUACCUGAAGAACAAUUGAAAAAUGCUGGAGAAGUUGAAGUUCAGACUGAUGCGAAAAUUACUGAUAUACUUAAUGAAUCAGUGGAAGAAAGUCAACAGACAUUAAAAGAAGCUGAGUCUAUUGAUAAAUCUAUAAUAUUACAUUCUAACGCAAAUGAGGAACAGUCUAAAGAUUCAGAAUCAGGGGUUACUGAGCAUAUUGAAGUGAUACAUGAUAAACUAAUGCAAAAAGGUGAAAUUUCUAAAGAACUAUCUGAACUAUCUGUUAUGAUAAAUGAAACCAAAUCGAUAGAAGAUAAAUCUGGUCUCAUACCGAAGGUAAUUAACAUUAACACGGAAAAUUCUACAUCAACCCAAGCUGAAAACGCUACUGAAAUCGGAAUUCCAGAAGCCACAGAACAGGUUGUUGUUAUUACUAACGAGGAAGAGAAACCAGCUGAAGUUUUAAGUAACGUUACAUUACCAGAACAAUUUGUCACGGUAGGUAUUAGGAACACGGUUUGCGCCGAAGAAGAUAAGACAAUACAAAUAAACAAAGAACACGUUGAUGAGGCAGUUUUGCAGCAAGAAAUAACUAAUGAACGAAAAGAGAUUGGCGAAGCACAACCUUCUAUAGAAGACAAUAAAUUAAUUGAUUCUAUUACGGAACAAGUAGUCAAAGAAGCAAAAGGUCCCAUAGAACAAAUUAGUGAACCAGAAAAGCUUGAACAAUACAUUAUUGAUAUGUCUAAGCCUUCUGAAUCAAUAGAAGAAACCAAACAAAAAGAAGAAAAAGCUGAUAGUACAAAAAUGUCACACAAACAGCCUGAUGACUCUUCAAAAAUCGUAGAAAAAAGCGAAUCAACUGAAGCAAUACCAGCUUCUGCGAUCGAAACAUCAAAAAUUUUAGAACAGACUGACAUCGAUAAACUUCUUCAACUGAUGCUGAAGAUAAACAAAUUGCGAGUGACACAAUUUCGAAAACAAUUGGUGAAACUGCUAAAAUAA